UGUUUGUAGUCCAGGCAGCUUCACCUCCUUCCUCUCGGUUGAUGCGUUCACGGCGCCUCCUACAGGGGAGUGCUCAACCCACAACGAACAUGGCUGCUACAGACAGGAUGAGGACGUGGAGCUGUCGGACCAGAGGAGUUUUCUACCCAUGGAUACUCGUCUUUAUUAUUUCACUUACUACCAUAAAUGUGGCUGUGGCAGCACCGGAGACAGGGCUUUGGAAUGUCACAGUUGUAAAUACCUCAAGACCACUGUUGUUAAGGAAAUCCAUGUAUAAAGACACCGAUAUCGAAUUGAAAGUUCUGUCUUUUAGCUGUCCUGAGGAUGUCACCUUUACGGUUCACUGGUAUUUAAAAUACUACCCCUGUCACAAUGAAUUCAACAAUAUUGAAGAAAUGUAUGAGAAAACACCUUUGAGUCGUGGGGAGGGCCUGGAUCCAAAUCCCCUCUCGCCAGGAGAGUUCAUCGAACACAAACAUGCCCCAAUACUGUGUAGCAAUGGAAUGCGCACCCUUAAAAUGCUCAGGAAAGCCAAGGCAGACCCUCGACCAGUCAGUCCACCUGGUGAAGCGCCAGAUGAGAAUGACACUAGGUGGAUUACAGAGGAAUACAACAACAGUGCCAUAAUAAACAGAAGUUUACAUAUCAAAGACGAUGUCAUAGCCACGACGUGGAAGGAUGGACCUUACCUGCUGGUUGUUAAGAUUGUGUCCAGUAAACAGGAUGCCAACUGGAAUUUAACAGUUAAGGUGGUGAUGAAGGGCAGCCACGGCUACAUUUCUAUCACAGAAUGGCCACUUAUGAUUUUCUACAUGGUGAUGUGCAUAGUGUACAUCCUGUACGCCCUGCUGUGGUUUAUCUGGGCAGCGUGCUACUGGAAGGAUCUCCUACGGAUCCAGUUCUGGAUAGCAGGGGUCAUAUUCCUCGGCAUGGUGGAGAAGGCCGUCUUCUGUGCUGAAUAUGAAAACACCAACACUGUGGGCUCUGCUUCUCCAGGCCUGUUAAUCUUUGCCGAGCUGGUCUCUGCCCUCAAGAGGACUUUGGCUCGAUUGCUCGUUAUCAUCGUCAGCCUCGGAUAUGGCAUUGUAAAGCCUCGUCUGGGCACAGUGAUGCACAGAGUUGUGGGGCUUGGCGUCCUCUACUUUGCCUUUGCGAGCAUUGAAGGCGUCCUUAGGAUUACUGGGGGUCGAGACAAUGGCCCUGUUCUCAUUACAGAUAUUGCUCUGGCUGUGUUUGACUCUGCAGCCAUCUGGUUCAUCUUUGUCAGCCUGGCACAAACCAUCAAGACUCUGAAGCUGAGGAGAAACCCUGUCAAGUUGUCUCUCUACAGGCACUUUACAAACACACUAAUAUUUGCUGUCAUUGCCUCCAUCAUUUUCAUGGGUUGGACAGCAAAGAAAUUCAGGCUAGCAGAAUGCCAGUCUGACUGGAUCGAGCUGUGGGUGGAAGAUGCUUUCUGGAGGUUCUUGUUCUCCGUCAUUCUCUUCGUCAUAAUGUUUUUAUGGAGACCAUCUGCAAACAACCAAAGGUAUGCUUUCACACCUCUCAUUGACGACUCUGAUGAUGAGGAGAUUGAGGAGUUCGUCGCUUCUGCAAACCUUGCUGAUGGCAUUAAGUUGAGGACAUCUAAAAAUGAGACGAACGGCACAGUGAAGCCUGCUGAAACAAACCCAGAGGACGACUUGAAGUGGGUGGAGGAUAACAUUCCUAGCUCUCUAAGUGAUGUAGCUCUACCAGUCCUGCUGGACUCAGAUGAGGAAAUCAUGACGACCAGAUAUGAGAUGUCAAAGCUGGAGUGAGGCAAAACAGUUCCAUUCAUCAGCUGACAUGGAGGACAUAGCAGCUGUCCUGACUCUGCAGCAGGGUUUUCUCCAGAAUUUCCUCGGGUGGUGGUGGUGGAGUGCCAUUUAGUUUUUCGGGGAUUUUCCUUUCCGGUUGCUACUAUUAAGGUUGGAGCAGGCCCCAAUUUAGGGCGACCUCUGCUCAUUUUCAAUGACUCUAACAGAGGAAAACUGUCUUUUCAGUGACCAAGUGGUAAACUAUUUCAUUGAUAUGAUCUGUUUUGAGCCUUUCUUUCCAAAGAGAAUGUUUCAUUUUAUAUUAAGUGCUAUAUUUAUUUCUGUCAUGUUCAUGUGAAUUUAUUUAAUUGGAGAAUUAAGAACAGUGGGUCUCAUGCAUGAACAUACUCUCAAUUAUACAUUAAAGGUCUGGUGUGUAGGAUUUAGUGACAUCUAGUGCUGAGAUGGCAGACUGCAAUCAGAUGAAUACCCCUCACCUUAUCUUCCCAAGCUUGUAGGAGAGACUACGUGGGUGCAAAAACUCAAACGAAGUGUUUACUUUGUCCAUUCUAGGCUAUUGUAGAAACGUGGAUGUAAAAGGCUCAUUCUAAGGUAAUGAAAACACUCCAGUUCUUGUUUUCAGGUGAUUACACACUAAUUGAAUUGUACUUAUGAAUAAUUAAUUCCUGCCAUAUUCUGCCAAUAGAUCCCCUAAAUCCUAAACACUGGACUUUUCAGGGUAUCUAGAUAUUAUUGGCUGAUUGUAAUAAAAUAAUAUGCUUAUUUAUGAUGGGGAAACAUUAUUUAAAGGACUUUUGUCAGCAAUUCACAUCAAGACGGAUUUAUCUAAGUUAUUUUUACCACCAGAAGAGAGACAGAGAAUAUGACUUUAACGUGUUUAUUGAUUUAUAUAUGCAAUUCAGUGAGCAGUAUGUCUUUUUCAUGUGUCUGAGUGUUUGAAGUAAACUUUUUUUUUUAAAACUGAGACAAGAAAAUCUACCAACACAAUGAACAUUUGCUCUUUGAAGAUAAAGGCUAUGCCUACAUGUAGUUCUUGUAUGAGGCUUAAUCUGUUCAGGUAAUUGUGUGUUAAAAGUGUUGUUCAUGUCUCAGAUUGAAACUUCCCGGCAUCCUCAGUAUUGGUGCGUGAAUGAGCCUGAGAUGAGAGAAAUGAAGUACAAAAAUGAUUUGUACAUUUUGAAUUCAAUGUUACUGGGUUCCGUAGUGUAGAAUUGGGGUUUUCAGUCACGUUUUAAAUCUACUGUAUGUGUGUGUCUUCUGAAAUGAAGAGCAAUAUAGUGUAUGUAUGUUGAUAUUGAGUUCAUUAUUUAUUUCUGUUUUAAGUGUACUUAUACCUUCUUUUUAAGUGUGUGUUCACCCAUGUUUACUUAGGUGUGUUUACAAUGUGUGCUUCCAUUUUUGUAACGCAGUGGACCCUUAACAAUCUCACAAUGGGUUAGGCAAGCAGCAAACAGCAGCUUCUUUCUUAUUUCUUUGCACUGUUUGCCUUCUUUGCUGAUGAAAAUCAUUGUGUUGGAUUCACAGGCACCUUAAUAACAUGUAUGUUCUUUCAUAGAAGUCUUAAUAUGUUUAUUUGUGUCAUUGUUUUUGAAAAUGGCUGGCCUGGUGUUUUUGUCAGUGUAGUUUUUGGAGUAGGGAUGGUUCUUCAUGUAUGUUGUCUUGAGUCAGUGUAGCAGCAGGACUUGUAAUAUUGUCUGUCUAGGCCAUCGCAUAUUAUGACACAUUAGAUAAGUUAUGUGGUUAGCACAAGCACAAGCUGAUCACUUUGGCUUAUUAUGUUCCCGUUCCUUUCUUUUUUGGUUGGAAACCUGGAAUAAUUGUGCUUAUUAUGGCAAGCUGUCCUUCUGUUAUAUAAAACUGCAGACACCUGCAAUGGACCUCAAUUAUUUGUACAGAUGGGUUUUGGCUGAUUCCUGUUAUUUCAUAAUUCCACAGGUGGAGAGGUGUCUGGAUAAUAUGAGUCGUCUUUUUUUUUUCUCUCUCUCUCUCUCUUUUCAUGGAUGUCAUGAAAAACUGGGCUUGAACUUUUCAUACCAGCAGUUUUAUUCUCUCUUCCUUCUCAGGAAGUGUGCACACUGAUUAAAAAUGAAUCAAAAUGCAGUUGAAUGUUUGUUUCCUGAUCUAUGAUUUUCAGUAUUCAUUUGGUAAUAAAAAAAAAAUACAUA